AUGCUUUUUAUGUGUGCCAUCACCGACUUCACUUUUUGGAUGAUGGAUAUGUUGGUUCAGAUUGUAAGCCGGUUGCUUUCAUAAUAAGGGCUUUCAGAAAGGGAAGGAGGCCAACGGAAUAGUCCUGAUAAAAUUGGAAGGCCCAGUUGGGUAUUUGGACCGGAAAUCGCAACUCUUGGGGACCACUGCGUACGUGGUGUCGGCCUGCUUGUCAAUGACUGUAUUGCCAGCACAAACCUAUUUUAGGUAUCACUCAAUUACGCGGUAAGUCUCUCCAAAAUGAGGUUGAUUUUUGACCUGUGUUUUUUCAGCUCGAUUUCCAUCAACGGUGUGAAAACAUCUGUACUAUUCUUCAUAUCCGUGUUGUUCUGCUUUCCGUUGGCAUGUCUUUGCUACACAAGUUACAACAUCUCUGCCGAGGCCUCUCCAGGUUUUAACUAUGGCACGUUAUGGUAUAGAGAGGUUCCAUUACCAACUUUGUUGAUUGGGAACACUGUGAGCUAAGAAUUCAAAUUCUUUAAAAAAAGUUAUCAUUUUAGGCUUCGAUGUACCAAAAGCUCUACUUUGCAAUGUGUGCCCUUCUCUUUAUCUUGUCGUAUACUGGCGUGGUAGUCCUUGGGUUUUGUACGGCAAGAGCGCUGAAGAGACGGGAGGGCCUGUAUACCGUCAGAACAAGGCGACUUCAAAAACAAAUGUCUUUGUUUCUGGUGUGCCAGGCAAGAGAUACUUUAACUUUUAAUUGACUCAAUCCCUUAGGCCGUUUCAUUGCUGUGCAUAUCAGUUGUACCAGGAAUUUUGGUCAUCGUCCCGUCAUUUUUUCACUUGGAUUCGGGCAUGACUUUGGGCGUGGGACUACUGUCGCUUAGUUGGAUUCCGGCUUGCAAUGCCGUAACCACAAUCUGUGUAAUUGUCCCAUUUCGGAGAGCCGUCUGGGGCAAGAUUGUAUCAACAAGGGCGCGAAUCUCGAACUUCUCAACAAUUAGAUGAAAUUUCUACACCGUUCCGAAAACAACACAUGCAAAUAAAUAUAAUAUUAAAGCCUUUAAAAAGCAAUAAAAAUAUCUUCUUAAGAGGUUAAUGUCCUUAACCAAUGUGGCAUUUUAUGGAGUCGUCUGAUUUUCCGGACAUUUGGGAUUUUCGUUUUCGAUUUUUUAGUCUCGGUAUUUUGUAAAGAUACAGCCAAAGUUGCGGUUCUAUCUGUAGGUUCAACACAUUCCUCACAGGAAAUUUGGAUAGUUUCAGCCGUAUAAUUACCAAUUUUGUAUCAAAAUAAUUGCCGACAAAAGUCUGAAAUUGAUAGGUUGCUCUGUUGCCUAAUGUAGCGGGUGGUGCUGACCCGCUGGUUCCAGUAGCGCAGAAUAUGCCGAUACUAUAGUAGGACCCAGACCAGCACCUUGACAAGCAACCACGAGUUCAAACACAUUUGGAGCCCGUCAACACUCUUGGAGCCAGUGGAACAUCAAGAACAACCCGCACGGAUACCCGCAAAUGGUCUCACCACGGAAACACUCAUUGGCAUUCUGCAGCAACUACGAUAGGAUCAACGAAGAAGGAGGAAUUGAUAUAUUGGACAACGGAUAGAUGGAGAUAUAGGACAGGAGGUCGGAGGUUGGAGACGGCCAGAAGGAGGACAGAAGAAGGACGCGCGAGGGCGUGA